AUGUUACAAGAUUAUAAUGGGCCGGUUGUUAAGAAGGCGAAACCCUCAGAAAGGUUGCAAUGUGAAUAUUUCAUGGAAAAAAAGAAACGAAGAUGUGGGAUGACGAGAAGUUCUCAAAACAUGUAUUGUUCGGAACAUCUGAACUUAAUGAAAAAAGUCGUCAAUUCUCAAAUACACAACAAGAAUGGCGGUGAAGCAGAGAAAGAAAGGGAAAGAGUUCCUUGUCCACUGGACUCUAACCAUACAGUUUGGGUAGAUCAAUUAAAGAAGCAUUUGAAAAAGUGUAACAAGACUAAACUGAGUCAUUUGAACGAUGACAAGCCAUUCUAUGAACCAGGUUAUAAUGGAGAGAAUGGAUUGUUAUCGUCGACUGUUAAAAUGGAUUUUACUGCAAAUCAUCAUAUUCAGUCUAUUGAAUUGCUGUAUAAAAUAUUUGAGGGAGAAUCGAUGGGUGAGUUACCUUUGAGACAACUGAACAAUGAGCUUAUGUCUCGGAAACGAUUUCCUCAAUUGCCUUCGAACAUUAAACAUGCUGUUCAACAGUCUUCGCUGAUUGAAAACUUAGUCGCCGUUGGUGCAUUUGAGAGGCCGAAAAGUUUGAAUUUCAUUGAGUUUGGAUGUGGCAGGGCUGAGUUUUCGCGCUAUAUCAGUCUAUACGUUUUGACACAGUUAAUAAACUUUUCAGCGGAGCACUCGGAAUCAAACUCCAACGAGUUCGUAUUGGUUGACAGAGCAACUAAUAGGAUGAAGUUCGAUAAAAAGAUAAAAGACGAUUUUUUAGAAAUAAAGUCACAGUCAGCAUCCAAUACUAUUAACUGCCCCAGCAUUAACAGGUUAAAGAUAGAUAUCAGAGACUUGAAACUGGACGCCAUUUUAAAAUCGACACCUGAGGAUGAUAGACAAUACGUUAGUAUCUCAAAACAUCUUUGUGGUGUAGCCACUGAUCUAACUUUGAGGUGUAUAAGUAACAGUUCAAUUUUACAUGGCGAUAACAACAACAAAUGCAAACCUAAACUAAAGGCAAUUUGUAUUGCCAUGUGCUGUAGGCACGUUUGUGAUUACGGUGACUAUGUCAAUCGCGACUACAUUACGUCGCUUCUCGAGAAAUAUAAGGCCAAUGAUUCCAUCUUAACGUAUGAAACCUUUUUCCGCGUUCUAACUAAACUCUGCUCGUGGGCUACAUGCGGAAUGAAACCAGGAACGUCCAUUACGGAUACAGUAAACGUUGUCGAAUCAUUUAAAGGGACCGAGCCAUAUACAAUUACCAUUAAAGAGAGAGAAAACAUUGGAUUGAUGGCAAGGCGCAUAAUUGAUGAGGGCAGGUUGGCGUAUGUAAAAGAGAAGUUUACAGGGUUCAAUGCAGAGCUGAUAAAGUACGUAGAGUCCGACGUGUCCCUAGAGAACGUUGCUAUGUUAGUUUAUAGGAAAUGA